UCUAUUAGUUUCGACUCGAAAAUACAUGCUAACUCUAUCUAUAUAAUAGCAAGUAAACCGUCUAGCAUCUUCAGUUGGCUCUCUGCUAACGUAGUGACCGACGAGUGACAAAGCUGGGGCAAGCAAACUCGACCAGAGGAAUAUGGCCACUCCUCGUGACGACGUGCCGUCUGACUACGACCUCAUUGUCGACAUCGAGUCGUUCGAACAGCUGACAAACGGAAAUCCCGGUUGGGAAGUGAGAUGUCCCGAAAUUGAACGACAGAUGUCUAAGCUGAAUCUCGUUGAUGGCACGGUAAACGGAUACUUCAAUGGGUCGGAAGAAGACACUUCUGCACCUACAGAAGCUAAUGCGACCGAGGUCAAACAGUCAGAGAAUGUCGCCCCAAACACCUCCACGAGUCGGUCUGUCAGACACAGACAGCAGAUUAACACAAAAACUGCUGAAUGCAAAAUCGAGAGUCCAAACAAGAUUUCUGGUAUCAACGGAGAAGUAGAGGAGGCGGACAGAGUCUUGACGGGAGUAGCCGUUGUAGCCGAUAGUCUGCAUCGCGAAUUGGAGACAUGGAAGCUAAAGAGUGAAGAUCAUCUUUCCUGGUUGAGCGUCGGGCCAACAAGAGAAUCCAAUGUUGACCAUCUCGAUGACGGCCUUACAUCUAACCUCGACUGCGACUUGGUAAAACCUCUAAACAACGUUAACAGUGACUGCUCUGAAUCAAAAGAAGAAGCGCAGUCGUCGACAUUAGUAGGUGAGCCACUUCACUUACAAUAUGAUUCAAAAAGAGGCGCAACAAUCUUCGUUGCUGUUGUCGGGCUGUACAAUAAAGGGAAAACGUACGUCCUGAAUCAUAUUGGAAAAACUAAUUUGCCCGAAGGAGCCGGAUACCGCACGACUGGCAUCAGUAUGAAGACAGGAAAUGGAGACAUUCUUUCACGGUUCACACUCCUAGACAUAGCAGGUUUUGACGCACCCGUUCGAGUUGGGCAAGACCGAAGCGCUGUCUACUACAAGAAAUACGUUGACAGGUUUAUCGAGCAGCUCGCGCUUAAUCUGGCCACCGCCGUCGUUGUCGUCAUGAAUAACAUCACUCUGACAGAUCAGCUUUACCUCGAGCAUGUCCGUAAAGCAAUGCACGGAUUCAAGAGAGACUACGCGGCAGCUAACGGGAUAUCAGCAAGAAUUCCUGAAGAGAAGUUUCCCGAUAUCAUUGUGAUUCACAAUUUCUCUUCGUACGGAAACCUAGAGGAAUGUAAGAAGGCAUUCAGACGUCAGAUUGAACAAAACUACGAGGGAAAAUGGUUGGACUACGACAGGAAUCAAAGGUUCUACUACACCGAAGGAGUUCCAGGACAAAUGGUAGGCAUCAGACAUGUCUUCAUUGGACGGUCUCUAACAGAAGCUGAAAGAAGCAGGACUAAAGAAUCUGUCACAGAACCUGACUUUUAUCAAGCAACAAUUAGACACAACAUCCAAGUGUUUGAGAUGAUUAAAGCGUGGUUAAAGGGCAUCGCCAAUCAGAGCAAGGUAGAGCCGGUCUCCACUAUGGUGGACGUAGCCAACUCCAUGCUGAAGAGUUACUUCCAAAAUCCACCCACUGUAAGACUGCACGUGAAAAACAGCAAGGCGUAUAUUGGAUUCGAACAGCCGUGGAACUAUGAUUUCACACAACCAGGAAAAACAGCAAAACCAGAAGUAAUCAUGCCUGGAAUAAUGAUGUUGCCUGGAGUAGGAUUUGAUGGUUCAAGAGGUCUGCGGAUGUCAGUGCAACAAGCCCACCAGCCACCAUAUGAUGUCAUUUCGACUCCAAGCAGUGUUGCCAUUAUCAUGGAUCGAAUGAUACCACAGCCCAAAGUAGAGUACAUCCCACAACAGAAGACGUGCGUGAUUAAAGGUGAUCUGCAACCCCCGCCUUUGUACACCAAAGAGGGCAGCGUUGUUGAAUGCAGACAACGAUUCGGUGGAGAGUUCACCCUGCAAGUGGUGAUGGAUGACAUCUUGACUCACGGAGACGCUGUUGCCUUGUCCUUCAGAGACGUCAUUGAAGACAAAACGAAGAAUAUUCUUUGUGUUCUAUUCGAUAAAGUUCAAAUACAAAGUCCCAAUGAAGUCAAGGAAGGUUGUCUCGAUGAAAUUUUGUAACUUUUACGUUUGCAAUAAACACAAGAUGGCAUGCUUAGUUAAAUUCUGUUUUCACAAAAAAACUGCUCGCUCUGUUUGGGUCUUUCCAGAUUUGAACUGCUGAAAGAUUACUUGUUUAUACUCCUCGG